AUGAGUAAAGCACAAUCACCAUACGAUUCACUCCGGAACAUACCGCAGUACUACGACAACUCCGACUCGCACAACUCGGCCCUCAACCUCAUACUCGCGCUGCGGCCAGAAUGGCAGGAAACCAAGGACACAAUUGAGUUUGUGAGGUUCACCGACGGUAUCACCAACACGCUUCUGAAAGCGGUGAACAAGCUGCCCGGUCUCUCCAAUGCCGAGGCCGACGGCGAUGCGAUACUGCUGCGCGCAUACGGAAAGGGAACAGACGUCCUCAUAGACCGCGAGAAGGAAACCCGCUCCCACUCGCUUCUCGCGCGCCACAACCUCGCACCCUCUCUAUACGCCCGGUUUGAAAAUGGUCUCCUAUACAAGUACAUUCAAGGCAGCGUGUGUGCGCCCGCCGAUCUGCGUCGGCCAGAAGUAUGGCGAGGGGUAGCUCAGAGGCUGGGAGAAUGGCAUGCCACAUUACCUAUAUCGAGUAUUAGCAGCACAUGUCCUGCCCCCGCACAACUCACUUCAAACAACAAGCGUGCGUCUCUGGCGGCCAUGGCCACACUCACGCCAGGCAAGCCUAUUCCGAAUUUGUGGACUACUAUGCAGAGAUGGAUCCUUGCGCUGCCGACAAGCACCACCGCGCAGUCGGAAAGGAGAGACCAGCUGAUGCAAGAACUCGAGGGCUUAGUUGAGUUGCUGGGUGACACGCCUGGUGUUGGUGGCUCCAAUCCGUUUGUCUUCGCCCAUUGCGACCUCCUCUCAGGCAACGUGAUCAUCGAGCCCUCGCCCUCGUCUGCCGCUGCCUCGCGCCGCUCUAGUGCAUCAAGCGCUUCUGACGAGCCCGAGACGGCUGCCUGCGUGUCUUUUAUCGACUACGAGUAUGCUACGCCUGCCCCUGCUGCAUUUGACAUUGUAAACCACUUUGCCGAAUGGGGCGGUUUCGAAUGCGAUUACAGCGCCAUGCCCACACGCACCAUCCGCCGCGCUUUUCUCCGCGAGUACCUCCGCAGCUUCAACGCGCACCAGAACAAGACAUACAAGGAGUCGGAGCUCGAGGAGCUGUUUGAACAGGUCGAUCGCUUUCGCGGUGUUCCCGGCUUCUACUGGGGCAUCUGGGCCUUGAUUCAAGCCCAAAUCUCUCUUAUUGAGUUCGACUAUGCGAGCUACGCUGAAAUCCGAUUAGGAGAAUACUUUGCGUGGAAGAAGACGCUCGAUGGUGGCAAGGAGACGGACAACGAGCGCAUGAUACAGAGAGAGAAGAUUUGGGCGCAGGAAGAAUAG